AUGAGUUCCUAUUUUGUAAACUCAACUUUCCCUGUGACUCUGCCCGGAGGACAGGAGUCGUUCUUGGGACAGAUACCGUUAUACUCCUCCGGAUACACAGAUCCUUUACGACACUAUCCCGGUACCGCUUAUGGAGCUAGCAGCGUCCAAGAGAAGGCGUACUCAUCCUCCUUUUACCAGCAGGCGAACGGUGCCUAUGGCCGGGCAACCGCCGCCGGUGCUUGCGAUUACGCGGCGGCCAGCUUCUACAGGGAAAAGGACCCCGCUUGCGCCCUCGCCAGCAUAGAGGAACACUCGCUCGUUCUGAGUCAAGAUCAUCGCAAAACAGACUGCACGGGACCAACGAGUAAAAACAUCUAUGCCGAGGGCGACGAACAGAAACCGUCAGCGCCAGUCUAUCCUUGGAUGCAGCGGAUGAACUCCUGUAACGGGACCUUCGGUAACCCCGGUCGUAGGGGUCGUCAGACGUACACCCGCUACCAGACGCUCGAGCUGGAGAAAGAGUUUCAUUUUAACAGAUAUCUGACCAGGCGGCGUCGCAUCGAGAUCGCGCACGCACUGUGCCUGACAGAACGCCAAAUUAAAAUUUGGUUCCAAAACCGACGGAUGAAGUGGAAAAAAGAGAACAAACUAAUCAAUUCAUCACAGACAAGCGGCGAGGAGGAGGAAGAGAAGAGGACAGAAUGAAAAUGCUAGAGUAAAUGGGAAAACCAUAAAAAUAGAGGUCACCGCAGACCUCUCUUUAACAACGAAAAUGAAGACUUUUCUAUCUUCCCAUGUAAAAAAGUCAAACAGGUGAAGUUGUGUUGGUAAAUUCGUUGUAGCAU